UUUUUGAUACUUCAAAGGAGAAAUAUGGAGCUGCAACUGUCAGUUUAUAUAAUAUUAUGCAGAGUUCUUGACUGCUGCUGGGCCUGGAGAAGCUAGAGGAUUUCAAGUGUCACUCAUGUGUCUUUGAGGUAAUUAAUUUGUGUCACUCACCUGUCUGUUGGCCUCCUGCGGUGAGAUUACUGUAGUUUAAUUUCACAGAUGCAGAAGGGUCUGGUUAAGAAUGAUUAAGUGAGAGAGAAGUAAGCUGGGCUUUGCUAUAUAUGCAUCUCUGCCACUGUUGAUUUUGUUGCAUUGAUGAAGAUGGGACAGGCCGCAACUUUACCCUGCAGAAAAGGUGGUACCUACGUCACCGAGCUUUAUGAAUGGUUCAGGAAGUUCCUGAAUGAAUGUCCCAGUGGACUGAUCACCCUCCAUGAGUUCAGACGUCACUUCUGCAAUGGAACCGUGGGAAAAGAGUCAGCGGAGUAUGCAGAGCAGAUAUUCCGCACGCUAGAUAACAAUGGGGAUGGAGUUGUGGACUUCAGAGAAUAUGUGACAGCUAUCAGCAUGUUGAUUGAGGGCACGACGGUGGAGAAGCUGCGCUGGUCCUUCAAACUCUAUGACAAAGACAAAGAUGGAGCCAUCACACGCUCAGAGAUGCUGGAAAUCAUGCAGGCUGUGUACAAGAUGAGCGUUGCAGCUUCUCUGACCAAACCUGAUCCACUGACUGCUGAAGAAUGCACCAAUAGGAUAUUUGUACGGCUGGACAAAGAUAAAAAUGCCGUUAUCAGUCAAGAGGAAUUCAUUGAAGGCGCGCUGAAAGACGAAUGGAUCAGAGAGAUGUUGGAGUGUGAUCCAAACACAGUGAAGAUGGAGAGGCCUCUCAAGGGCAAUGCAGUGCUGUAAAUAUGGAACAGUAGAGAGCUGAGAACCAGCCAACCUUUCACCCAGAGGAUGUGCUCUGCUCUCUGGAACCAUUACAGGGAGACCCCAUCCAGAUGAAUACGCAGUUAGAAAUGAAGAU